AUGACCCAGCAACAACACCAAGGCCUCUUUGCCUCCCAGCCCCAGGCCCAAGGCCAGUUCCCCCACCUCGCGCGCCCCUUGUUCGCAUCCACAAACUCCACCCCUUCCCCCUCUGCGUUUUCCAAACCCCUGCAGACUCACCAACACCAGGCGUACACCGCUCCCUCUUCCCCUGCUUUUGCCCCGCGCCCCCAACCGCAACCGCAGAGCGCGUCGAGCAGCAGACUCAGACCGAAAGCGCUGAAAAAGUCGUCGUCGUCGACGGGCAAGCACCGUAACGUGCAAACGUCGCUCGAAGUCAAGGUCGAAAAGGCAAAAGGGUUCCAAGCCUUCUUUGUGCCGCUCUGCAAAGGCGGCGUGCCCCCAGCGCCGCCCUGCAGCCCUGUCCUGGGACACCGCGAGACGCAGCGGGGUGUCAGCGAGGAGACGGAGAGUGCUGGGUCGCCAGACUACUUUGGGGCGUGGACGCGAGACGGGGGGAAGGAGAGAGAAGAAUGGGUGGAAGACGUGGAAGGGAUGGACGUGGACCGAUACUGA